CGCCAUGGCCGACGUGUCGUUAAAGUCCAGGUCUACAGUCUGAUCUAUCAGCUCUUGACCAUUUAACUCUGCAAUCUCGCAAUUCAGACCCUGGUGUUGAUAAUACUGUCUCAAUUGGAUCAUGCGCUUCUUUCAGUUACUUGCUGCCGCGGGUUUGGCGGCUCCCCUUGUGUCUGCGUGGACAUUUAAGGAUGCGUCGCUCUCGAUCACUGAGAAAGCUGGCACCCUUCAGACCGAGUCAUUCUCAACCUCCAAGAAACUGGCCGAGGCCGUUUCGUUGCCAAUAACCGCUACUGCGCGAUUCCGAUUCGUUAUCGAAAGCGAAGAAGGAGGACGAUCAAUACCUCAUCAAACAUACAUCCAGAUCUCUGAUCCUUCGACCGGCUUGGAGACCUCUUUCCCUGCCGAUGUCCGGGACAACGGCCGUUCUCGCGUGGACAUAGAAUACAAGCUUAUUCCUAAGGCUCUCUUGGGACCCGACAAGCCUCUUCUUUGCAAGCUGAUAAUCGGCUCAUUUGGAACCGAGGAGUCGUUGAUCGCUGAGAUCGGAACGAUCGUGCCUCAGUUCAAAGGCGAGCCAUCCCCCUCGCCUCUCAGAUUCGGUCCCCGGCCGGAGAUCAUCCAUAUCUUCAAGUCUGAUCCCCGGUACAUCUCCGAGUCUGUGGCUUCGAUAGUCAGCUUUUCCGUUGUCGCAUUGGGAGUUUUGCUUCUCGGAGUGGUAAGCAUUCGGUACCCCGAUAAUCUGAUCUGUUGUGUAGCUACUAACAACCAUCUUUUAAGUGGCUCUAUCUGGGCAUAACCC